AAAGCAGUUGCUCCGCCAUGCAAGUGUGCCGGUUAUUAGUAUGAGUAAAAGAAGUGGUUGUUCACCGGAUUUAUUGCUUGAUUUUCUUUUAAACCUAUUGCACUUUUAAUUGUGUUUCGUAGUUCUCGUUAAGUGUUAAGUGUUUAGUGUUUGCGUUCGUCAUAACAAUCAGUGUUUAGUGUUUGCGUUCGUCAUAACAAUCAGUUAACAUGAGUCGCGUAGCUCAUAUUUCCACAACCAGAAAACGUUCAAGAAGGGGGCAAAAGACCCCCGAAGCCACUAUUACUAGUCAUGAUGCACCUGAUUUCUCCUUUGACUCUGAUUCGGAGAACAACCCCAUCAAUCAGCAGAAAAAACGGGUCGCCUCUUUGGAUGAUUUUCACCGGAAGAAAAAACUAAAAGAAACGGUCCCCGAGGAAAAUAUCGAUGAAGAAUGUGAUAUAGUAGAUGAGCAUUGCUCGGCGAUUUCAAUAAGCAAAAACAAAAGAAUUAUACUAAAUGCUGAGCAGCAAAAAGAUAGACGUCUUAAACUGAAACAGUAUUUGCAACUUUUUGUUGACAUUUCGAAGACUUACUUACAGAAAAUUGACAAGGGCAGCCAGAGGACUAGUCGAGAAUCUGGUUCAAGAGUUAACGCGGCUUCAAAUAAGUGUAAUCCCAACGCUCUGAAAUAUUUCCAGGGGACUUUACGCCCCUAUCAAGUUGAUGGGGUCGUCUGGUUAUCUACCCUUUUUGAAAACUCCAUCAAUGGUAUCUUGGGCGAUGACAUGGGCCUCGGUAAAACCAUCCAAGUCAUCGCUCUGUUUUGCUAUUUGUACGAACGUAAAAUACCUGGGCCGUUCCUAAUUGUUGUCCCGCUUUCAACCCUUGGAAACUGGGUCUCUGAAUUUAAGAAAUUCGCUCCGAAAAUACCAUGCACCACGUUUGAGUUUAACUGGACCAAAACGGAACAAACCCGAUUCAUAAACAAAAAAUACGAACUGGACGGUAAACUGGUUAAGCCCGUCAUUAUCUGCACCUACCAAGCCCCCAUUCAGUCAAACUGUUAUUUGCGGGACUACGAAUGGCAGUACAUUGUCGUCGACGAGGGGCAGCGCCUCAAAAACCCCAAUUCGAAGCUGUCUCUCGAACUGCGCGGUUUCCUAACUAAAAACAAACUUCUCUUAACUGGAACCCCGCUACAAAACGAAAUCGGCGAACUGUGGGCUUUAUUCGGCUUCUUGAUGCCCGAACUGUUCGAAAAUAUGGAGGACUUUUCCACACUUUUCGACCUCGAGGAUCUCAGGGACACCAAAAAGUUGCUAGAGACCGAAGCUGAGACCAAAAUGAUUUCGAAAAUCCACAAAGUUUUGACUCUCUUCAUGUUGCGACGCGAGAAGAAGCUCGUUCUGCAUGACAUCGUCCCAAAGAAAGAAAUGAUCAUUUACUGCCCUUUAACACCUGUACAAAAGUACCUCUAUCGCGCUAUUUUAGCCGACGACACGGAUGCGCUAAAUAUGCUCAAAAGCACCAAACUGACGGACGAGCUCCCAGGGACGCCCAGAGAGAAGAGACGGUGUGCUGCCAAAGUGAAAACCUACGCGUUCCCGAAAAUCUCCGAGUUCUCCAAUGCGGUUUUUUUUACACCGCAAAUGGAGCUAAAGAUGUACAGUGUCAGCGGUUUAUACCAGUACAAUACGCACGUGCCAGUUAAGAUUCCUGAUCGUCCUUACAUGGUUAGAUUAACAAUGUCAAACACUAUGAUGAUGCUGAAAAAGGCGGUCAACCACCCGUAUUUAAUUUGGACGCCUAUUGUCCCCAAAACCUCAUCACAUGAGCUAUAUGUCAGCGAAGAUCUCGUGGCUUUAAGCGGCAAACUCUUAGUUUUGGACGCUUUAUUGCCGAAACUCAAAGCAGGGAAUCACAAGAUUUUGUUAUUCAGCACUUUGACUAUGCUGUUGGACAUGGUUGAAGAACUACUAAUAAUGCGGGGGUACAAAUAUACGCGGCUUGAUGGAGCGUACAAGACUGACCAAAGGAAUGAAAGUAUUGAGAGCUUUAAGGAUGAUACGGUGUUUGUGUUCUUACUCUCUACAAGGGCAGGCGGUUUAGGUUUGAACCUAGUAUCCGCCGAUACUGUCAUUUUCAUGGAUAGGGAUUGGAACCCCAUGGUCGACCUACAGGCCCAAGACAGGUGUCACAGGAUCGGUCAAACCAAACCUGUGAUGGUCUACAGUUUGGUCACCAAGGGAACAAUCGACGAAAUUAUCCUAAAUCGUGCGGACGUAAAAAAGAGACUAGGAAAAGUUGUCAUAAAAGAAGGGCAAUUUAAAGGCAAGCAGCUAAAUGAUGAGGAGAUAAAAUCAUUAAGAGAUCUAUUGAAGGAGGAAGAAACCACUGCCAAAAUAAAUCCUAACGGAUUUCACUACACAGAACAAGAACUUGACCAAAUUCUGGACCGAAGUGAUAUUACCAGGGAAAUGGAGGAAAAAAUUUGUCAUUAGCCCCCAAGGGGUUACUACUCGUUAAUGUGUUAUCAGAGUUACUGUUUUAUUUUUUUAUUGUUCAAACUUUUCUAAUAAACUUUUAAACUACA